AUGUUGCUCGAUCGUGAAGGACAUUUAACGCUGUUGAAGAUGCAAUGUAAUGGAGAUGAAGGAGGAGGUGAUGAAAAAGAAUUUUUGAGCAGUGAUUCAAUUGAUAGAUCAGAGGCAAAUGACAACGAGGCAUUCGAGCAUCUGACUCCUGAAUUCUUAAGUUGUUUGAAAACUUCCGGUCUACCUAAUCAUUCCAUGAAAUUAAAGAUUGGCACUACCAUUAUGUUGAUUAGGAAUUUGGAUCAAUCUGAAGGACUUUGCAGUGGUACAAGGUUGACCGUAACAAGGUUAGCAAAUCAUGUCAUCGAGGCUAAGAUUAUAUCAGGUACUAAUAUUGGAAACACUAUUUACAUACCUAGGAUGUCUUUAUCUCCUUCUCAAUCACCUUGGUCAUUCAAACUUAUUAGAAGACAAUUUCCCAUAAUUGUAUCAUUUGCAAUGACAAUAAAUAAAUCUCAAGGACAAUCAUUGGAUCAUGUUGGUUUAUAUUUGCCUAAAGAUGUCUUCAGCCAUGGACAACUAUAUGUUGCAAUGUUUAGAGUGAAAAGCAAAGCAGGUUUGAAAAUCCUCAUUCAUGACAAAGACAAAUUCCAAUUAAACCAAACAACUAAUGUGGUUUUCAAAGAAGUUUUUCACAAUGUUGUAUAG